AUGCAUCCCCAAAUCCUCUCACGCGUCCUUAAAACCCCCCAAUCACUCCCCAGGAUUUCCCCCUUUCUGGGUCCCGUCGUCUCCGGUACCAGCGAGCCGGCAGACAAGUUCUUCAGCCCGAGUCCGAGGACGAGGACGAAGCCAUUGAGACCAUGGACGGCCCAUAGACGUUGUAUACACGGCCGCAGAGGUGAAAGCGACGCUGGCGAGAAUGGUAUAGUCAGUACGGGAUAUUACACGUGCAAAACGGUUCGUCGCACGCCGCAGCAGCAGCGGGAGCUUCGCGCGAGGCCCAAACCCCUCAAUUCUUCCUCCAAUCAGCGCCCCACGCCCGCUUCUGACAUCAUGCCGAGCGCCGGCGCGAAGCUCCAGCUGGGGCCGCCGCUGCUGCAGCACAUGUCCGUCCGAAAUUUGUCGUCGCAGCGGCGGGCAACACAGACAACAAAGACGACCCUGGGAAAUAAUGCCACGGCAGAGGCCAACAACGGCAACGGUGUUCGUGCGGCUGGAAUAGACGCCAGAGCUUCACCAGACGAACAGUCUACCAAGAACACCUCGUCUCAGUCAAAGUCUCAGUCCCCCGCCGUUCGUACUACCACCACCAAUACCACCAACCAGCCUCCUCGUGGGACGGCAUAUUUAGCUAGACACAGCGGCGGCACCGACAACACAAUGGCCGAGACGAGAGAAACCAAGCGCCCGCGCGUGGCCGCAGACCCGGCCGAACACCUCCCAGCCGGCAUCACAGAGACCCAAGAAGAACUCAAAGAACAUUGGUUCGUAGGCAGCAUAGAUCAAGGCACGACCUCGACUCGCUUCCUCAUCUUCAACGGCCUCGGUGACCCUGUGGCAAGCCACCAGAUCGAGUUUGAGAACCACUACCCGCACUCGGGCUGGCACGAGCACGACCCCCUCGAGCUCCUCUCCUCCGUCGAAGAAUGCGUCGAAAAGGCAAUGGCCCAGUUCGCUGAACAAGGCUACUCCGCUGCCAACAUCCGUGGCGUCGGCAUCACCAACCAGCGCGAGACCACCGUCCUCUGGGACGUCCGCACCGGCGAACCCCUCCACCACGCCGUUGUCUGGCCCGACACCCGUACCACCUCCCUCGUCCGCGAACUCCGCGCCCGCCCCGGCGCAGACGCUCUCCAGGACCUGUGCGGUCUGCCCCUGUCCACCUACCCUUCCUCCGUCAAGCUCCGCUGGCUCCUCGACAACGUCCCCUCCGUCCGCGAAGCCUACGAUGCGGGCCACCUCGCCUUCGGCACCGUCGACUCCUGGCUCAUCUACCGCCUCAAUGGCGGCGCAGACAAGGGCGACGACGCGAUCCACGUCACCGACUCGACGAACGCCAGCCGCACAAUGUUCAUGAACCUCCGCACCCUCAAGUACGACGACACCCUCCUCUCCUUCUUCGGCAUCGACCAAUCCAAGAUCCACCUCCCCAAGAUCGUCCCCUCCUCUGACCCGACCGCCUUCGGCUCCUUUGCUCGCGGCGUCCUCAAGGGCGUACCGAUCGCGGGCUGCUUGGGCGACCAAUCCUCCGCUCUCGUCGGCCAGUGCGGCUUCUCCCCGGGCCAGGCAAAGAACACGUACGGUACGGGCUGCUUCCUGUUGUAUAAUGUUGGCGAGGAGCCCGUCAUAUCCAAGUCGGGUCUGCUGGCUACCGUCGCGUACGAUUUCGGCAAGGGUAGAAAGCCCGUGUACGCCCUCGAGGGCAGCAUCGCAGUCGCAGGCUCGGGCGUCAAGUUCCUCGUCAAGAACCUUUCUUUCGUGGAAGACUCGUCUCGCAUCUCGGAGCUGGCUGAGACCGUACCUGAUAACGGCGGCGUCGUCUUCGUGACGGCCUUUAGCGGCCUCUUUGCGCCAUACUGGAUAGACGACGCAAAGGGAACUCUGUUCGGCAUCACAGCCCACACCCAAAAGGGCCACAUCGCCCGCGCGACACUCGAAGCGACAUGCUACCAGACAAAAGCCAUCCUCGACGCCAUGGCCAACGACUCGGGCCACGCCCUCGAGAACCUCGCCGUCGACGGCGGCCUCUCCAACUCAGACCUCUGCAUGCAGUCCCAGGCCGACAUCAGCGGCAUCCGCGUCGACCGCCCCGCCAUGCGCGAGACGACGGCCCUCGGGGCCGCCAUCGCCGCCGGCCUCGCGCUGGGCGUCUGGGACGAGCUCGAGGACCUCAAGCACGUCAACCAGAACGGGCGUAAGAUCUUUACGCCCGCGCUCGACAGGGAGACGAGCCAAAAGAUGUUCAAAAAGUGGGAGCAGGCUGUCGAGAUGUCUAGGGGUUGGGUGCGUGAUAAUGCGGAGUAG